GAGGUAGAGGCGGGUAUGGAGAUCCAGUGGCAUGAACUCGCAAUUUCAACGGCGGUGGCGAAUGAGAAAUAAGAGAAUAAAAGUGAUUUUGGGGCUUGGGGAUUUUGGUGGGGAUUUCUUUGGGACGGUGGAGAUGGUGCCGGCGGGGAGAGAGAAGAGAAGUGAUUUUGGGGUUUGGGGUGCCGAAGUUAAGGGAGACAAGAAGAGAAGGGUGAGCAGAGCAGAGGAAGACGACGAGGAAUCUUCUGUAAUAGAGCAGAGGAAGACGAAAAAUUUGGUGGAAUUCCCAACUCAUGUUUGGCGGAGUCAUCCUUCUCGUGUUGACGGCUUGGCGGAUUCGCCGAGGCUCGUCACUGCAACUCCCACCCCUGCCGCCACUGCCUCCUUCAACUAGAGCAAUCACCCCUGUUUCCGGCGAAUUUAGAAAGCCUGAUUGAAAGCUGGACAACCGACUUAUUGGACGCCCAAUCAUGUUCCCGAAGUUGUCGGAGAUGUCAAUUGCGCCGGAGCUGUUGGGCUCAGUAUCGCCCAGUGGAGAACUCCAACCCAUCAGAGCUACUCAGCUCACCGGACUCCCGAUUGUUCUCCGCUGCCCUUUCGAUUACCGAUGUCGGGGAAAUCGUGGAUGUCCUCUCAUUCGACCUCGACUCCUCACUGUUCACAUUACCAAUCGCUGGUGUCGGUUACACAACCAACGAUUUGAGCUCCCUAAGUCCCGAGAGCCUUGCUCGGAUCGCUACCUGCGGCCAACAUCGGCUUGACAACAAAAGCUUUCUCACCGAUCGUUUUUUUUUUUUUUUUUACAGCAGACCCUCUCUCACCAGUCGUUGAGAAGGACAGAACAAAACAAAAGUAGAAUAAUUUUAUAUUUGUUAA